AGGGAAGCUACGGAAAGGUUUUGUGCUGAAGUGAAACGACUAUGCCAUCAAGAAAAGAGAAGAGACUUUGUAUCAGAAGCAUAUCUUUUGACUUUAGGGAAAUUCAUCAACAUGUUUGCUGUUUUAGAUGAGCUUAAAAACAUGAAAUCCAGUGUUAAAAAUGAUUAUGCAACAUAUAGAAGAGCUGCUCAGUUUUUAAAGGUAAUGGCAGACUCUCAGGCCUUGCAGGAGUCUCAAAACCUCUCCAUGUUUUUGGCCACACAGAAUAAGAUUCGUGACAUGUUGAAAGAGAACCUGGAAAAGAUUCCAGGCUAUGAAGAACUUCUUGCUGAUGUAGUUAAUAUAUGUGUUCACAUGUAUGAAUCCAAAAUGUACAUGCUCCCCAGUGAGAAACACAUGUUGAUCAAGGUAAUGGGGUUUGGAUUGUUUUUGAUGGAUGGGGAAGUAUGUAACAUUAAUAAGUUGGAUCAGAAGAAACGUAUCAAUUUGGCCAAGAUUGACAAGAUAUUUAAGCAAUUAGAGAUGGUUCCACUAUUUGGAGACAUGCAAGUGGCCCCUUUUAACUACAUCAAACGCAGUCAACACUAUGAAGCAUCCCGCUGGCCUCAAGCCAGUUCUGCUUCUCCAAGUCCUCAGUCUGACCUACUUCAGUAUCUACCAUCUAUCAGGGAUGAAUAUGUUCAUUAUAUUAGUGAAUUGGCUCGACAUAGCAAUGAGGUUACAACAACUGUUAAAGAAACUCCCCGAACAGAUGUAGAAAAUAAAGACUUAACUGAUCUUGCAUUGAGAGGACUACAGCUGCUAUCAGACUGGACAACUCAUGUUACAGAAUUGUACUCUUGGAAGUUGAUGCAUCCAACAGAUCAUCAUCAGAAUAAAGAAUGUCCUUAUGAAGCUGAAGAAUAUGAGAGGGCAACUCGAUACAACUACAACAAUGAAGAAAAAUUUGGAUUGAUUGAGGUCAUUGCUAUGAUUAAAGGGCUUCAGGUUUUGAUGAGUCGUAUGGAAACUGUAUUUACAGAUGCCAUUCGUCGACAUAUUUAUGCUGAACUUCAGGACUUUAUCCAGUUAACCUUGAGAGAACCUCUUCGUAAAGCAAUAAAGAAUAAAAAAGAUUUGAUCAGAAGCAUCAUCUUGUCGGUAAGAGAGACCUGUGCUGACUGGGCACGAGGAGUUGAACCACCUGAUGAUCCAGCUCUCAAAGGAAAGAAAGACCCGGAAAAUGGAUUUGAUAUUAAAGUACCAAGAAGAAAUGUUGGGCCAUCAAGCACUCAGUUGUACAUGGUAAGAACAAUGCUGGAGAGUCUUAUUGCUGACAAAAGUGGUGGAAAGAGGACACUGAGAAAAGAUAUUGAUGGCCCUUAUCUUGUUGCUAUUGAUAAUUUCCACAAAGCUUCAUUUUUUUGGAGCUAUUUACUCAAUUUCAGCCAAGUCUUGCAAGAGUGUUGUGACCUCUCUCAACUCUGGUAUCGAGAAUUUUAUCUGGAGAUGACAAUGGGAAAAAGAAUUCAGUUUCCCAUAGAAAUGUCUCUUCCUUGGAUACUAACUGACCACAUUUUGAAGACAAAGGAUGCUUCUAUGAUGGAGUGUGUGCUAUAUCCUUUGGACCUAUACAAUGACAGUGCUCAUUAUGCCCUCACAAAAUUCAGGAAACAGUUUUUAUAUGAUGAAGUUGAGGCUGAAGUCAACUUAUGCUUUGAUCAGUUUGUGUACAAGCUCAGUGAACAGAUAUCUGCUUAUUACAAAAACUUAGCAGGAAGUAUCCUUCUCGACAAAAGAUUCAGAGCUGAAUGUGCAAGUUAUGGAACAACAUUCAGUUAUCCAGCAGCUAAUCGUUACGAGACUUUACUGAAACAAAGACAUGUACAGUUGCUAGGUCGCUCCAUUGACCUAAACAGGCUAAUUGCACAGAGAAUCAAUGCUACUCUACAGAAAUCUCUAGAGCUGGCUAUCAGUAGGUUUGAGGCUGGAGACAUCACUGGCAUUGUGGAGUUAGAAGGCCUUAUCAAAGUUAACCAGAUGACACACAAGCUCUUAAGUAAAUACAUAACUUUGAACGAUUUUGAUGCCAUGAUUCGUGAGGCCAAUCACAACGUUCUGGCUCCUUAUGGUAGAAUCUGCCUUCAUGUCUUUUGGGAACUCAAUUAUGACUUUCUUCCAAAUUAUUGUUACAAUGCUGCUACAUCAAGGUUUGUCAAGGUGAAAGAUAUAAUGUUCACUCAGUCCGUAUCUCGAGAUAAGCCACCAGCAGCCCAACCCCAUUACUUUUGGGGAACUAAAGCUCUAAAUAUGGCUUACAAUACUAUCUAUAACCAGUACAAUCGUUUUGUUGGGUCUCCUCACUUUCGUGCUAUAUGUAAACUUCUUGGUUAUCAAGGAAUUGCUGUGGUUAUGGAGGAAUUACUGAAAAUUGUGAAAAGUCUGAUUCAAGGGACCCUCUAUCAGUACACAAAGACUUUGACAAAUGUCAUGCCUAAAAUAUGUAAGCUGCCCUUAUAUGACUAUGGAUCUCCUGGGGUACUGGGGUAUUACCAGGCCCAGUUAAAUGAUAUUGUCCAAUACCCAGAUGUUAAAACAGAAAUGUUUCAAGGAUUCCGGGAAGUGGGCAAUGCCAUCUUGUUUUGUCUUUUAGUGGAACAAAGCUUGUCUCAGGAGGAAGUGUGUGACCUUCUUCAUGCAGCACCUUUUCAGAACAUCUUACCUAGGCCAUACUGUAAAGAUGGUGAAAAACCAGAAACAAAACUGAAACGACUUGAAGCCAAAUAUGCUCCUUUACAAGUUGUCACCAAUAUUGAGCGGUUUGGGACUCAUAAGCAAGCAGCAUUAGCACGAGAUGGAGAUUUGUUGACCAAAGAAAGACUGUGUUGUGGAUUGUCCAUAUUUGAGAUAAUUCUAACAAGGAUAAAGUCUUAUCUUGAUGAUCCUAUUUGGGUUGGUGCUCCUCCUAUGAAUGGAGUAAUGAAUGUUGAUGAAUGCACAGAGUUUCAUCGAUUGUGGAGUGCUUUGCAGUUUGUCUAUUGCAUUCCUGUUGGAGAAAAUGAAUUUACUGUUGAACAACUGUUUGGUGAAGGCUUACAUUGGGCUGGAUGUGCCAUCAUUGUGUUGUUGGGACAGCAACGUAGGUUUGAAGCUCUGGACUUUUGUUACCACAUCCUUCGAGUUCAGCGAGUGGAUGGAAAAGAUGACAUGGUGAAGGGUAUUCCUCUAAAGAAGAUGGUUGACAGGAUCCGCAGAUUUCAAGUACUGAACAGCCAAAUCUUUGCUGUGCUAAACAAAUAUUUGAAGACAAGUGACACAGACAAUCUUCCAGUGGAACAUGUCAGGUGUUUUCAACCACCCAUUCAUCCUUCACUUUCCAGUGUUAACACCAUCUAUCAAAGACCAGAGAAUAUCUUGAAAUGAAAGCUAGAAACCUGUUUCCUGAUUUAUAUUUAGGAUUACAGCAACUGGUCAAUGUUUUAAAUGAUGAAGAAACUGAGAUACUGGUUCCUUUCAAUCAUCAAGAAGCAUUUCCUUACUAGCCUGUAAAGUGCCAGUAAAGAAAGAUUUGUAGAAAAUUAUUGUCACAAUUAUUGUAGUGUCACAAAAACCACAGAUUUAUUUUAAUAGUGUAUGAACUUAUUGGUUAAUAAAUGUAUGAGUAA